AUUAUCCUGGAGGGGAGGAUAAAGGAGAGCAACUUGUCAGCACUCUGUUUGUGCACUUGCAUAGCAAAGGACAAACAAAGAAAUAGAGUCAUCAUCGUUCUCGAUCAUCAUUAUUUGUCGUUUUACAGUGAGUGUUGCCUCAUAUGAGACAAUGGGUUAUAAAGCGAAGGAGACAGGAUAUAUUGAGCCUUAUAUGGAAGUUGAUGAUUCAGAUGUGGAUAAUAAGCUGAUGGAAGUUGGAAGUCAUAUGCAUGUGUGUGGUGGGGGAGAGACAACAAGUUUGUAUGAUGAGAAAAACUUUACGAUGCAAGAAUUGCAUGCUAAUACGGAACCAUAUGUUGGCAUGGAGUUUGAAUCUGAAGAGGCUGCAAUGGCGUAUUAUGAUGCAUAUGCGAAAUAUGUCGGGUUUAUCAUCCGCAUAGGUAAUUGCCAUCGCUCAAGCCAUGAUGGUUCGGUUAUUAGCCGUAGGUUCCUCUGCAACAAAGAAGGUUUCCGUGUAAAUAAGAAGGUGAAGAAGCUAGAAGUAAGGAGGCCGAGGGCAGUUACAAGGGAGGGCUGUAAGGCAAUGAUUAUGGUUAGAAAAGACAAGUCCGGGACAUGGAUUGUUGCAAAAGUUGAGACUCGGCACAGUCAUCCACUGGGGAUGCCUCCUGGGAAAGUCCGGCGUCGUUCAGUCCAAGCAUGGUCGCAGGAUGAGAAGGACAAGAGAAUUCACGAGUUGUCUGCUGAGCUUCAUCGCACGAAACAACAAUUGGCAAAGUGCCAGAAGCAGCUUGGUGCUGUCUUGAAUGAUGUCGAACUUCAUGUCAAUCACCUGACCAGAAGUAUCCAACACAUUGUGCAGAAUGUUAAAGAAGUCGGGAACCAGUAUCCGAGCCAAUUAUAGGUUUAGGUUUGAGAACCAUCAAGAGUCAUAGCAAGCACCGAGCGCCCUAUGAAGCUACCAGACCCACGGCCUGUUUGACUGGUGCGAAGUACCUGCCUUCAUCUUCCAAGAAAUAUUGAGAUAGUGGAGUUGCUGCACUGUAAAUUGUCAAUUAUAAGAGGGUAGGAUGGUAUUACCACCAACUCUUUAUAAUCCAACGGUCUUGGAUGAACAAUACCAUUGAAAUCUGUCAUUCCUGAAUUACACAUAGCAAGCAUGUCAGUAAAAGAUUUUGCUUUAGAUCC